AGUCUGCUGCCAUUUUUCGCGGGGUUUAGUUGAAUCGGAAGACUCUGAGUGGUUACUCUGACGAUUGAUCGAUCGAAAAACCACAGAUCCAAAAGAAUAUACUUCGUUAGAAGAGAAGAACUCGCUAAAAUUCACCUAUCAACACUUUUUUGUCCACGUUUUACCCUCUCGUUUCAUUCUUCUUUUUUUUUCUUCCUUUUCUCUACUUUUUUUUUUCACUUUCGCGCCUUCGUCCGUGGUUCAUGAAAUUCGACCGUAAAGAUUCGACCGCGAGAUUGGCUGAGAAUUGAAAGGUAGCCAAUCCCAUUUUAGAAAGAAUAACAUCCUCCUCCGGAAGAGAGGGGCACCAAGGUUCGACUUCUUUCUACCCCAGUUUCACCAGAGGAUCGUCCAUUGUCGAUCUUAUGAAACCUUUUGUGAGAGAUCGUUAGUCGGGAUCUUUGUCAGAUAUUCAGUGACAGCAGCAUGGCGACGCUGAUACGACGGAUUUAUCACGGUUAUCGUUACAUUAACGAGGAAUUGUCAGAUCCUCGGACCCAGGACUACUUCCUCAUCGGAUCACCAUGGGGUUGCUUCAGUAUAAUAGCGUUUUAUCUGUACUUCGUGCAAGACCUGGGGCCCAACAUCAUGGCAAAGAGGAAACCCUUCAAUCUGAAUAGAAUCAUACAGAUAUACGAUCUAAUACAGAUAAUAUCGUGCUCAUAUUUAUUCUAUAAGGCGUUGACUCUGGCCUGGUUGUACCAUUACAGUUUUUACUGCGAGCCAGUGGAUUUUUCGAACGAUCCUCGCGCGAUCGAGAUAACCAGGAUGGUUUGGUUGUACUUCCUGAUGAAGGUGUUCGACUUGGUGGACACGGUCUUCUUCGUCCUUCGGAAAAAGCAGCAGCAAGUGUCGUUCCUUCACGUUUAUCAUCACACAGGCAUGACAUUCGGUACUUGGGUAGUCACCAAAUUCUUGCCUGGCGGUCACAUUACCUUUUUAGGUACUAUCAACUCCUUCGUUCACGUGGUGAUGUACACCCACUAUUUGGCCACCUCGCUACGAAUAAGCAAACCCUGGUGGAAGAAAUACGUGACGCAGCUGCAGCUCACUCAGUUCUGCAUGAUAAUGGUUCACUUUAUACUGUUGGUCUGGGCGGAGGACUGCGGCUUCCCGAAGUGGACCGCGGCGGUGAUGAUCCCUCAGAAUCUCUUCAUGAUCAUGAUGUUCGGCGACUUUUAUUACAAGGCGUACAUCAAGAAACGGAAGAGCAACGCAAACGGCGUGUCGUCGGAUCUCGCGAACGGGAAAUUGAAGAGCCAAUAGCUACAUACGUGCAGCAUACGUUCCACGCGCCUAGAACGUUUCCAAUUCUUCGAAACGUUGUUUCGUGUCUCCGACAGGCGAGAUGACGGGCGCAAACACUCCCUUGUUUUCCUUUUUUUUUUUUAUUUCGGACUUUUUAAUAUCUAAUAUUCUACGCGUGUGGCAACGAAGGUCGAACAAACGCAAGCAUUUAUGUCAAUUUGGAAAUUUUACUAGAUGGGUAAAGUAAAGAGGAAGUACCGAAAGUUUGGACGUACUUUUUAUCAACAAUCGCGAGACGUUUGCUGACUUUUAAACGUAAGAUAUCGUGAGAAACAUU